AUGCCCCGGUCACCUACGCCCACCGGACAUGGGCCAAGCCCGUCUCUCAAGCAGCUCCUCAAGUCUGCAGACAUCCUCUUGAAACCCCCUAAACCCCUUCCCUCCAAUCCGCCCGAUCUCCUUCCCCGGCUCCGCGCGUCCUCGAAAGCCCUCCCCAAAGAAUGGCGCAGAAGUGUCCCGGAAUGGACAGAAGACGACGAGAUGGAUCAUGUGGGGGACGAUGGAGGAAGGGGUAUCGACGAGGAAAGGAAGAAGCAGAGAAGGGAUGGUCUUGUGCAUGUUGUGGGUAAGAGGUGUUUCGCAAUGAUCAAGGCCAUGCAGUUGUGGCUGGAGAAGGAAGCGUGGCCAAAAGACCAGAGAGAUGGGCUCGAGGAUAGGGACUUCCUGUUGGGAACUGGAGAUCUUCGACUCAUUCGCCUCAUGCUUUCCCAUACCACCUUCUCCUACCUUCUUCCGCUGGCGACCACGUACGCCGAUGCUCUGCCUAGGGUCGACGACAAUGUGGCUGCAAGUCUUGCCUCUGCUCUCGAGGCCAUUCUGAAACUUCUCAAGACGACUGCUCCCCCAGCACCUGCUGCGGGACCGAGCUCGAGACUUCCCAUUGCCCCUACCGCCAUCACUCAGAGUCUGCUCUCGUCUCAUCUCAUCCCAAUUUUUCUCUCGACCCUCAUCCUGGCAUAUACCCCUUCUAUCCCGGCAGACCACCAUGCGUCCUUGAGGCUGGCAUUUCUUCAGGCGCUCAUGUCCCUCACGCCGGGUCAUGCGAUUUCCAGCUUGGUCAAUGUGUUGAAGCUGCUCGUUCAAGGACGCAAAGCAGACCAAAGCAAGGCUACCGGCUGGGUCCGCGAAUGGCCAAAAUACCCCGAAGGCAUUAUCAACGGUCUUCUGACUGCCCAAGUUCGCCGUCCUGGUGGUGUUAGAGGUCUGAUGGAAAAUGUCUUGGGUGACACGGCUCGAACGGACGAUGUGACUUCAAUUGAGGGCAAGCGCCUCGACCACAUCUUCAACGUGCUCGUCCGAAUCCCACGUCAAGUCACACCCGAGAUAUAUUAUCCAUGGCUUCUCUCUGAGCUCUUCUCCAUGAUACCACUAGACGAUUCGUCCUCUCAUCACCCCAUCGCAUAUGUGAAUACGGCUUGUUAUUGCAUCCAGCGUCUUUGGCGAUCCAAUACGUCUAUUGGCGAUUGGCUGAAAAACAAACUCCAUUCGCCUUGGUACCCCAAAGUUCCAGCAGCGAGCGGGACUCCAGUGGAAGUGACAUCGUGGCAAGCUAUCCAACGGUCUGUGCAAAACACCAGACUGCUGUUGAUCCACAACCCCGCUUCUCCCGACUUUGUCGACUUUCUCGUCGGCUCUAUCCUCUCGCCUCUCUUCUCUCUACACUCUUUCCUGUCUCUUUCUCCCGCACCUUCUCUCAUCCGACCCGUUUCCACCCGUGCCGUCCGCCAGACUCUCCCGGACGACGUAUCAUUCCUCCUCACAAGCUGGGGCAAGACAGUCGACAAGGAUAUGGGCGUAAAGGGCCUUUGGGGGAUCGUAGAUGCUGGAAAGGGAUGGAAAAUUGGGGAAGAUGGAGUGAGGCCAGACUUUUUCUGGGAGAGGGUUGGAGAUGGGGUAAGGCUCAUGUCUGGAUCCCAGCAGAAGUCCCUGUCCGAGCCCGAGAUCGUUCUCCCCUCUCUGUCCAACCCCUCCGAUUCAAAUACGCCAUCAGACGACGACGUCGAACGCAUGACCCAACGCCUCCUUGCAGAAUCCUCUUCAUCCGUUCCCGACCCUACACUCCUCUGCAAACUCAUCAAAGACAUAGAUCGCCCUGAAGUGGCGUGUCAAGUCAUUUUGAAGGCGCUGCAUGUGUGGAGAAUUCGAGCUUUGAUGGACAACGAGCCAUCCAUCGAGGCAAUGUUGCAUUUGCAACUGACUAUGGGGCUAAUGACCCACCUUGGAGCGGAUCUUUUUACCGAACCGGAACAGCUACUAGAAUGGAUCGAGCAAACGCUCGCUGAUCAGGCGGAUCGGCUCGAGCUGGAGGAUCAGGAGGAGGAGGUGGAAGAAGGUGCAAAGCCGUUGAUCCAAGAGGUCAAAAGUAUUGAGCAAAAGAAGGGGAGGACAGAGAAAGAGGACGAUGCAGCGGAUGGUAAUAGAGGGCUGAUUGAACUUGCUUGUCAACUGCUUGCGUCGCAAGAAGUGAAAGCAGCCGUUUCCCAGAAAAGUUUGCCCAUCCUUCUCCCCAUCGUCGCCCACCUCGAUCUCAUCUCCAAACUCUCCCCGUCAUCUUCCACCCGCUCGCUCGCGCUCGAGGCCUCCCUCCUCCUGCUCUCGCACCAGACCACCAUCCCUUCAUCGGCCAUCACCCAAAAGUCUGUCAAAGAGACUAUCGACAAAGCCCUCGAGCUUGUGCAAGACUCUACUGUCCCUGUCCGGGCGCACGGGUUGAGUAUGCUGAAAGAUGUCGUCUUCGACCCCGCAUACGAUACCGUCUACACUCCUCUGAUCCUCAACACCUUCAUGACCCACAUUGAAGACGACGACUCUUUCGUCUAUCUCUCGGCGGUCAAAGGAUUGAGCAGUAUGGUUGAUGCCCUCGGAGGGAAAGUGUUCAGCGCGCUCAUGGCGGCUUACGAAGUGAUGGCCAAGAGGCUGAAGAAGUUGACGGACGCGGAUGAUAUUGACAAGAUGUUGAGACUUGCGGAGGCGGUAGACCAAGUCAUUGAAAAGACUGGAGAUGCCCUAGGAAUAUAUGCCGAUAGGAUCAUCCCCAUCUUGAUGGCGAUCUUCCCAGACACCAACCUCGCUACAGCUAUCAGGUCUUCUGCCUUGUCUCUUUUGACGACGUGUGCAAAGGCGAGCUACUUCUCGCUCUUGCCCUGGGCGACAGACUUGACAAACGCAGCGAUCGACUUGAUUCAACUCGAGUCUGUCGCUGUAUCGCCCUUCAAACCCGGCCCCCUGCACACUGCAGCCCCGGCUCCGCCUAGCUGGAAGAAUCCGCUUGCGGGCGGUAGAAAGGUGCAGUUGGUAGAAGAUGAGCCGGCUCUCUCUGCCGAUGGCUUGUCCAUGAGCGCGGGUGAAGAGGAGCAGCAGAGGAAGGUGGCGGACCCUUGGAUCGAAGACGCCGAGCCUAUCGCGGUUGAUGACAGCAAGCAUCCUCUCCUCCGACGUGCUGCCAUCUCGUUUCUGAAUUGGAUCUUCAGCGUGGUCACGUUCAAGGUCAUGUCGGAUCAUCAUGAUACUGCUGCCGACCCUAUCUUCCCUUCUGCUUCCGACAUAUCUUUGACUCCUGUCUCGCACAACGAGAUCAUGUUCAAAGAGCCGCUGGACCCGACUAUGGACGCCGACCUCCAGGUUGGCGCCAUCUCGCACAAGCUGCUCGAACGUGCCGCCACAGUCUUAGGCUAUGUCCAACAUACUGAUGUGGACGAGCUGUCUAGGGGGCAUGCCGAGUCGGCAGAAAGGAUGUUGGGGAUGUUGAGAGCGGCGGUCGUUAUCAGUCAAGGAGGGGAUGUAGAGGGGAGCGGGUUGGAAGAUCUUAGUGAGAGCUUGGAGGGGUUGAAGGUUUCUCUCUACUCGUAG